GACAAAUGUAGAGACAACAAGCAUUACUCUACACGGAUCAUCUUCCAGUGUGACCACAACAUAGGGUCCCCUGUUUUCCAAGAGCUAGAUGACUGUGAAUAUGUGUUCUUGUGGAGGACAUCUGAAGCAUGCCCUGUUAUAAGAGCUGAAGGUGACAAAUGCCAAGUUACAGACCCAAAAUAUGGUCAUGUGUAUAAUCUGAAACCACUGGGAGCAAAGAAUGUGGAAGUGAAAGAUGGCGAUUUCACAUAUCAGCUUCGUGUCUGUGGGGAAGUUACAGGAUCUUCCUGUGCAUCCAGAGCAUCUAGUGGAACAGUUUCAUCCUGUCAAGUGAAGGGAUCCACAGCAAAGGUGGCAGGAUUAACCAAUCAAAAGUUGAUAUAUGAAGAUGGUAUCAUUACGAUAAAUUAUACCGGAGGAGAGCUCUGCCACCAGAAGUAUAACCGUACAACACUUAUUCUCUUCCACUGUGAUAAAGCAGAAGAGAAGCCUGUCUUUAUGAAAGAGACUCCGGACUGCAUAUAUACGUUUCAGUGGCGCACACCCCUUGCUUGCCCUCCCUUCAAACCUGUUGACUGCUCCUUGAAGGGACACUGAUGGGAAUUCAUAUGACUUGUCUUCACUGUCGCAUUACACUGACAACUGG